GCUGCGUCUUCCUCUUGUCUGUGUCUUGCAUUCUGAUAUUAGAUAUUGCAUCGAUCCCAUCUACUCGUCCUGCUGUCCAGUAUCUAGACACUAUCAAUGCUAUGCAAACUAACUGUUCUGCACUGUCUUGUUUAGCCGGAUAUGACCGUCACAUAACUAUCUUUUCGCCAGAAGGCCGUUUGUAUCAAGUCGAAUAUGCAUUUAAAGCCAUCUCUAAUGCUGGUUUUACCUCGGUUGGAGUUCGAGGCAAGUCUUCUUGCGUCAUCGUCACCCAAAAAAAAGUUCCUGACAAGCUUCUCGAUCCAUCCACCGUUACGCACAUGUUUCAACUGACUCCCAAAAUUGGCUGCGUCAUGACUGGACUGAUUGCUGAUGCCCACAGUCAGGUAGCUCGAGCACGUAUGGAGGCUGCUGAAUGGCGCUACAAGUACGGAUAUGAAAUUCCUGUUGAUAUGCUUGCUAAACGUAUUGCAAGCAUCAACCAAGUAUACACGCAACAGGCUGCUAUGCGACCUUUAGGAGUCUCCAUGAUUCUAAUUUCUUAUGAUGAUGAGCGUGGUCCACAGCUAUUCAAAUGUGAUCCAGCUGGGUACUUUGUUGGCUACAAAGCAACUACUGCAGGUGCAAAACACCAAGAAGCUCUCAACCAUCUUGAAAAAAAGUUUAAAAAGGAAUUGGUGCUGAACCAUGAAGACACAAUCGAGCUUGCCAUCACAACACUCUCGAAUGUACUUUCUUUGGAUCUUAAGCCGCAAGAUAUUGAGGUUGCUAUUGUUACCGAAGAAGACCCUCGAUUCAAGAUUUUGAACGAGGUAGAUAUCGAGGCACAUCUUACUCGAAUUGUUGAACGUGCCGAUUGAUCAUGUUUCAGUGGUUAAAAAUUUUAAGGAAAUAUAUUUCGUUGGAUGCCUAGAUAG